AUGGAGAGCUUUCAGUUCUCGGCCCUUCAUGAAGCUACAGCGAUAGCUUUCUCUCCCGGCUCGACCUUUGUUGCCACUGCGACGCAAAACACAAUUCUUGUGCGCUCCGCGAAAACAUUGCAAGUGGUGCGGCAAUGGGAUUGCGACACCAACGAGGCGUCGGGUCUCAUCGUCAUUGACGACAUUAAAUGGUCCGGUAACGGCACUCGACUCUUGGCUGCAUCCAAACACUCAGACUGCGCGUGGGUGCUGGAUUUGUCAUGCGAGAAAGCGAUAGCGCGCGUAGAGGCUCCCCAUGUGCGAACGGACUGGGGCCUGGACGAUAUCCGUAUCUGGACCGAGGCACACACAUUCUCGCCAGACCAUCGAUACAUGGCAAUACCCGAGAGACAUUCCGGCAAGGACUACCUUGGUAUCUAUGACAGCGUCUCCCUGGUGCGGGUAGGUGAUCAAGACGAGUUCCGACUGACAGCAGCAUUUUCCGAUCCAUGUGACAGAGGUCGAGUGCCUUUCCUGGAGCCCCUGCGGCAAGUGGAUAGCAGUCGCGGACUGGAAGCUCUCGUGUACUCUCCUGUUGGGGCCAAAGUUGGGACCUAUCAGAGACCAUCGUCCGUGUUGGGCGUCAAGUGCGUCUCGUGGUCUCCGAAUGGUCGGCAUCUGGCAGUCGGCGGUUACGAUGGGGUCGUUCGCGUUCUUGAGUCCGAAUACUGGCAGCCAAUAUCGGUUGUGAGGGGAUUCGAAAAUGGCGCGCUUGUGGAGCCAAGUACAUCCGGGCUUGAAGAAUUGGUGCAUUUCCAAUGCGCGGCCGCGGCGCACAACAAGGGAGCUACGGAAGUCGAUCAAGUCGGCUUCAGCAAUGACGGCAAGCUUUUGUUCUUUACACAACGUCGUGCGCUGCAUAUGUACAGCUUCCUCCCCGAAUCGUAUGCCGCCACUCCGAAUGUGACUCACGAAACCUCCGUGGUGUUCAAUCGGGAGAUCAGCGAUGUCCGCCUUUGUCCCACGACACCCCGCUUCGUUGUCGUAAACGACGAUUCCAUGGUAUUUCUCUGUGACGUGAAGGUAGUACAGGGUGCACGGGUUCCAGAGAGUCGCCAAUUCCGUCCUACUCGCGCAAUCUGGGCUCCGGACGGAAAGGCGGUGGCUCUUUUCGACCAACAGUCGUUUUGUAUUGUGUAUGAAGAUGUGGUUGGAGAAGCAGGAGAACAGUGGGAAGAAGAGUAG